AUGACCACCUUAAAGCACUUCACACAUCAAUGCCAUCCACUGAAGGAAAUUUCAGAGGACAAUGAGUUCAAAUGUGAUGGCUGUGAAAUGUUAGGCAUCGGACAGAGAUACCAAUGCAAGGAAUGCAGUUUCAAUCUGCACAUGCAUUGUGGCCAUUGUCCUGCAAAUCUUUGCUCAUUUAUGCACCCAAAACACCGACUUCACUUGACCUUAGUGCAAAGGUCAAGAGCCUCAUUUUCCAACAAACAUGCCUGUGAAGUAUGUGGUAAGGGUGUAGGGGGCCUAUUCUAUCACUGUAAGCGGUGUGAAAUUUAUGUUCACCCACUUUGUAGCCAAUUGCCUCAAUAUGUACACUACAUAACAGAUGUAGAGCACAAUUUAGAGCUACAGUGUCGAGAAAAAUCUAAUUCUUGCACUGUUUGUGGGGGAUACUGCAGUCACUGGUAUUACAAAUGUGGCAAGUGCCCUAUAAUCCUUCAUAUUGACUGUCUACUAUCAAAAUUUCUGCUCUCAAGACCACUACCUCUGCAAAAGAAAAAGCCAUUUUCUUGGUCAUCACAGAAGAAAAGGUCAACUGUGGCAUGGUGGUGGUUCUGUGUAGCUUUUGUUAUGGUUUUACACUUACUUCACCAGGUAAUGGGAUCCCAAUUUCCAGCAGAUCACAGAUAA